AUGUGCCUGGUGGUGGUUAGCGGGGAAAUAGCCUCGCACGUGGUCGAAAGAAAAGCAGACCAACAAACACACCAUAGGAGCUUUGUGGAUUCAAAGGAUUUGCUUUCGCUUCUGAAAGAGCCGCUAUUCUUUGAUGAUUGGGUAGCGGCAAACUUCAAAGCCAUAAAUCUUCCCUCUGACUGGCUGGCGGCCCAGCAAAGUCCUUAUCAAAUUCUUGGAGGUGAUCCUGGUGCAGUCAGACAGUCCGCGGAGAUCGCGCAGCGCGGGGGGGGUGGACGCACAGAGGCGAAGAGAUCAGAGGGAAGGAGGGAGAGGGGGAGAGAGAGAAGGAAACUGGGCAGCUCCUCGUCUUCCCCUCGGCGUCCCCAUGCCUCGGCGGUGCCCCGGCGCCUUCCCCUCGCCCCGGGCGCAGUAGCCAUGGCCGCGGUGGCUGUCCUCCGGAACGACUCCCUCCAGGCUUUCCUCCAGGACCGCACCCCCAGCGCCUCCCCAGACUUGGCCAAGCACUCGCCCCUGGCUCUUCUGGCCGCCACCUGUAGCCGGAUCGGACAGCCGGGCGCAGCGCCCUCGGAUUUCCUGCAGGUCUCCUACGACCCGACGCUGGGAUCCCCCUCCAGGAUCUUCCACCCGUGGAGCGGCGAGAUGCCGGCGCACUCGCCGGGGGGGCUGCCGCCGCCGCACCCCAGCCUGGGGCUGACCCCUCAGAAGAACCACCUGCAGCCCUCCUUCGGGGGGGCGCACGAACUGCCCCUCACCCCCCCGGCGGACCCCUCCUACCCCUACGAGUUUUCCCCCGUCAAGAUGCUGCCCUCCUCCAUGGCCGCCCUGCCGUCCAGCUGCCCCCCCGCCUACGUCCCCUACGCCGCCCAGGCCGCCCUGCCGCCCGGCUACUCCAACCUGCUGCCGCCCGCGCAGCCCUGCCGGCAGCUCUCGCCCAACCCGCCGCCCGAGGACAUCCCCUGGUGGAGCAUCCAGCAGGCCGGCGCCCCGGGCGGCUGCGGCCACCGCUUCCCCGCGGCCGCGGCGCUGCCGCGGAGCCUGGUGCUGGGCCACUCGGACUUCGCCCAGUACCAGACGCAGAUCGCCGCCCUGCUGCAGACCAAGUCUCCCCUGGCGGCCACGGCCAGGAGGUGCCGCCGCUGCCGGUGCCCCAACUGCCAGUCGGCCGCGGGCAGCGCCCCGGAGGCGGAGCCGGGCAAGAAGAAGCAGCACAUCUGCCACAUCCCCGGCUGCGGCAAGGUGUACGGCAAGACCUCGCACCUGAAGGCGCACCUGCGCUGGCACACGGGCGAGCGGCCCUUCGUCUGCAACUGGCUCUUCUGCGGGAAGAGCUUCACCCGCUCCGACGAGCUGCAGCGGCACCUGCGGACUCACACGGGCGAGAAGCGCUUCGUCUGCCCCGAGUGCGGCAAGCGCUUCAUGCGCAGCGACCACCUGGCCAAGCACGUCAAGACCCACCAGAACAAGAAGCUGAAGGCGGCGGCGGACGGCGUCAAGCGGGAGGACGGCCGCGACCUGUGA